CCCGCCAUGCCUCAGACUACCGUCUACCACUACAUAGACAACAGAGGCGAACAAGUUGCCUCUCUCCUUCCCUCGGACCAUCCAGAGAUGAUCUGUUUACUGGGCGGCCACGUACCGGAGGCAAGGUACGGAAUGCUGGGUGAGCGGACAGCUUUUCUGCUACCUCCUGAAUGGCGCACUCAUAUAAUCACGACAUGAUAGGAAUAAUGGCAGCUGUUCUGUGGUUCCCGCUCGGCAUUUGUUUCUGCAUGCUCGAUCAAAGAGUGAAGUGCAGGCGCUGCGGAUAUAUGAUUGAUGAUGGCACGUGUGGUUGAGUGU